AUGUCGCUGGAGCAGCACUUCAAACAGCUGAUCAGGAACUGUUUCUUCCAUUUGAGGAACAUUUCUAAACUACAGAAGAUGGUGUCUUAUGAAGAUCUAGAACUUCUUAUUCAUGCAUUUGUUUAUACAAGGCUAGACUACUGUAACAGUCUGUUUUCCUGUCUGAAUAAGAAGGAGCUGUCUCGCCUGCAGCUGAUCCAGAACUCUGCUGCGAGGAUCUUGACCCACACCAAGAGAAGAGAUCCCAUCUCCACGAUCCUCAAAGCUCUUCAUUGGCUUCUGGUUGCUUAUGGUUAUCAGUUUGUUCACGGCAUCCUCAGCUUCUACUACAAGAACGACUGCAUGGUCCAGAAUGAUGCUGAGCUGCAGAGCUGGAUCCAGGAGAUCUUUGAAAAUGGCUUUCUGAGACGCAUCUCAGGAAUCCCACAGAAAUUCACCACUGUGGCUGAGCUGGUCAAGUUUGUUACCAUGAUGAUGUUCACCUGCUCUGUACAGCAUGCCGCUGUUAACACUGGACAGUAUGACCUUUAUGGCUGGAUGCCCAAUGGCCCCUCCACCAUGCAGGAACCCCCUCCAACCCAGAAGGGUAAAGCAGAUGAAGCCAGCUUCCUGUCCACUCUACCAGACGUUCAGACUACAGUACACAUUUUGGCUACCAUCUGGCUGCUCAGUAUGCAGUCCUCUGACGCGCGAUACCUUCAUGAGUUUGUGGAGGAGCAUUUCACCGAGGACUUUCCGAAGUACAAGGUCACCACGUUCCAGCGAGAUCUCAUGAAGCUCAGUGAAGACAUCAAGUGCAGAAACCAAAAUGUGAAGCUGCCGUACACCUUUCUGGACCCAAUGCUGGUGGAGAACAGUGUAGCCAUUUGAACCCUCAGAAACCUAUUUGUCUCCAAAAAUGGAGAGGCUUCAACUAAGACUUAGAAACUAAAGUAGCCUCUUUUAUUUUUUAUAGGUCUUUGCACAUCCACACAUUCCUCCAUUUUUCUGAGUUUGUUUUCAGAAUUCGUACAUAGGUAUUUUAUGUUUCCGUGUUUCUGUGUAUAUAUAUAUGUGACAAUAAACUUGAUUCUUUCAUUCUAUCAUGAAUAUUAAGAACAGAGACUACUUUGAUGGUAAUCAUGGUGAAUUGGUGUUCUAAGAAACAUUUAGAAGUGCAUCUGAUGUACUGAUAGUUUGUUCAGAGUGUUUUGUGUCUUUGCAGCUGGGACAGGCUCCACCCACUGAGAAACAGGGAUUAAUGGAUGAAUAUUCUACAUAAAUAUCCCCCCAUUCCUCCAGCAAUAUCUUAUGGUUCUUGUACUUACUUUUGAUUUAAUCUGUUCUUCU